UCAUCGUCCGUGGUGGGCAAUGCACCCCGGACCGACUCACGCAGCCACUGGUAGAUCUACCUUGAGUGCUGCUGGUGAACUCCAACAGCGCAGCACUGCUGAAGACGAGUAAGGGCCAGCAAGGCCAAGUAGGUACAUCCAGUAUCUAGCUAGCACUUUAUCAGCAGGCCAGGACGCUGCAACUCACACUGUCUCAGUAGUAGUGUAGUGGUCAGUAAUCGUCAGGCUGGGAUACACUUCCACACAUACCUCUCCGGACAUCUGCCAUCCGCAAACUGCAGCGUAGUGCAUGCUCGUAGCUGAAACAUCGACCAUCCUGCUGAUUCGUGGCCUACUUGAGGCCUUCUCAGGAGGCUCGCGACCAGCCACUUGCAAGUCAGAGUUGUGAUCGAACACCCUUUGCACUUGCUGAACUUCGCAUAGUGCAAGUGCUGAAGCUGUGAAGGCAGCCAGCAUAAACGCACUCUGACCCAUAACUGGCGCACAGGCGCUAGUUCAGGCAGUAGCCCAAGCUGGGAGUUGAUAUUGAUAGCAGAAAGUCAGUGUGCACGUCUGGAGAUCUUGGAGGUAGCGAGAGAAGCCGGUGUGGUGGGCAAAGUUACAGUAUUCGAAGCAUCGUCGCCAUUAUUGUCAUGGCUUGUCGCAGCGGCCGCUUGAGCCGAUGGUCGGUCUCUUUCUGGAAGUGUGUAACGACUGUCUCUCUCCUGUGCGGACUGGCAAGGCAAGGUUGCCACGCAGAGCACGGGACAUACCUUUGUGUGGAUUCAGUCACCAACAACACGCUCGUCACUGGCAUCUUUCCCAACUACGACUUUGCACCGUUUGAGUCGCCAAGCGAGCCCAAUGCCUUCGGCUUAAACUACUACAACAAUGUGAAGUGCACGUUUGAUCUGCAAGUGCCCACCGGCCUCUACAUUUACAUCGAGUUCACCAAACUGGUGCUGGAUUCCAGCUGCUCUGGCGACUACAUCAGGCUCUUGCUCAACCCCAAUGCAGAGAGGACAAUCUGUGGCCAGCCCGGUGGCUUCAUCUACGACAUCUACGAGUCGAAUACCGCGCACGUGGAGUUCAAAACGGACGAGGCCGUGACGAACAGCGGAUUCAGUGGAUACUUCUCUGCCUAUGAUCCCCUUCUCACCAAACGAGAUCCAGGCUCAAAGCCACGUGGAAGCAUUGACCUUCGCAAUCCAGAGCCGUCUGGACCGGCACCACAGCACCCUGGAAGUCGCUCCAACGCUUGGCUCCUGAACAAGCGUAGCGCCACACAGUAUCUUCACAACUAUCGCUACAAGAACCGCCAUAAGAGGUCUGCACUUCCGCUACACAACCGCCGGGCAAUGGAUCAGAUUCUACAGACCAGAGAGGCAAUCCAGUUCCGCGAAGAUACGGCCAAGCAGAAGGUUCGACUCGAGCAAGCCUUGCAGGUCCGCGAGUCCUAUAACUCGGACACACUGCAGUUCAUGCGCUACGCAUCGAGCAAAACGGACAUUGGCCGCUAUUGUGGCAACACGUGCCAGCAGACCAAGACUGACCUCAUACGCCUAUGCCGCGAGAGCAAAGGACUUCUGUAACACACGGACUGGUACACCAGUUCAUUAUCAUCAGCUCAAUAAAUCUCCUACAAAAUAAGUUAUUCCAGGUCCUCGGAAUGAAUGACGCUGGCACACAAUUCAGCAAAUGGUAUCUGACUUGAGGCACUAACUCGGGUGAUGACAUUAUGGUGGCAGUUUGACAGUGAGCAACGCCGUUUCAUCACGAGGCCAUACCAGACACAAGCCUUCCACAAAGGUGCAUACGGCUGCUCACAUACUUGAACAUACUUCUCCAAUCGGCAGCCAGCCUGGCCAAGAUUCAGCAUGAUCCUAGCCGCUCGGAUUUGCCAGUCCCUGCCGGCGUUCAGUUUGCACGCUUGAAAACUUCACAGAACUGAGUCACUUUUCUAUUAUAAGUAUAAACAGCUUUCUUGCACGCUGGCCCAAGAAAGCAACACAUUGAAUGACUUCUCCCCACUUUGUGUCCACAUUGCCCUCACGGUAAACUAUGAAAUUGUUGAGCAAGGCCUUGCUUCCCACGUAGAUCAACUACAUCUGGCUUGAUGAUUAUUGCUUGACAACCAUGUGACUGCAUAACACACAGAUCGGGAUGCUGGCUCUCUUUCUCUUUCUUGAUGAUCUCUUUGCAUAUGGCUGCUAGUGGUCACCUACUGGCCUCCCCAG